GGGGGCCGCGCAGCCGGGGAGUUUCAGGAACUGGAGGAACGGGCGGCGGCAGGAGUCGCCCUGCGCCGAGACUCGGGGCCGAGGCGGAGCCGCCGCCGCCGCCGCCGCCGCGCCGGGGCCCAGCCGUAGCCGCCGUCGCCUUCGCUCUCGCCGGGCCGCCUCGGGCCGCCAGCCGCGACGCGGGAGAGGAGCCGGCCGUCCCGGGUCGGGGGAGCCGCCCGCCAUGGCCACCAAGGCUCGGGUCAUGUACGAUUUUGCUGCUGAGCCUGGAAAUAAUGAACUGACAGUCAGUGAAGGAGAGAUCAUCACAAUUACAAAUCCAGUAAGAAAACGUUACCUGUAAAUCUGGCCCUUAAGGACUUCUUUUUAAGAUUUUGUUUUUGGGGUUAAUCGUUCAAACCCACACGAAUUUUUUUCCUGUUGUGUCUGCAUUGUUGAUGGUGGGAUAAUCAUCUGUUAUAUAAACAUUGAGAACAAUUAAGACCUCCUUAAAAAUAGCUGGCUGGGGUUCCAUGAGGCAGAACUGGAGCCGCAGCCCCGGUAGAUCCCAGCCGGACGCGGGCGUAGAGGUUGGAAAGUGAUCAGCAGCCUCAGCUCCGUUUUCUGACGGCCUGGGGUCGGUGUUUGGCCCAGUACAGUGCACACAUAUGCUCUUUGAUCUCUGUCUCUUCUUGAACGCUGUGAGGUUGGUGCUUUUCAUCUCUUUUUACUGAUGAGGGUGGCGCUCAUAAGUGGCAAAACAGGGAUUGGAAACCACAUCUCUUGGCCUUUAAGCCCUGCUUUUUCUUCUUUGCUGGGGACGCUCUUGUAAACAAGUGUCCCUGGAGUGUGGUAUAUAUACACAGUAGGAGACGGGCUAAGAAAACAGGCUCUGAGAGGCAGACAAGCAGGCCCCAUGGGCCAGGCGACAGCUCUAGACUUGGGUUUCAUCUGGGAGGUAGUGGAUUCACUGCGUGGUGUCAUUGUUGAUAAUGUAGGGAGGUGACGUGAUGAAACCUGCACUUCAAGGAAGUGAAUGGGUUGGUGCGGCUGGAGUCUAGGAUCUUGACUGGGUGGUGGCAACGGGAGUAGAAAGAAGAGAGACGCAGGAGGCCGUACAGAGUUGGAUGGGGCAGCCAGGGGAAGACGGGGGACUCGGUGCCCAGUUCGAUACUCUUGGUGAGAAAGGAUCCCUGAGGUUUCUGGCCUUUGUACCUGAGGAAACGAUGGAUUUAUUAAAGCAUGAAAGUCAGGAAGAAGCGCUUCUUCGGAAAGAUUAAAUGAGCUUAUUUUUUUCAGUGUUGAAUUUAGAGACUAGUAAGUAGUCACCCCUACCCUAGAGCUUUGCAUGAGGUUAGAAAUAGAAAGGCAGAGCUAGAAAUGAGGACUGGAGACAGGCCGGCCCUCUGGACGCAUUCGGGAGGAAGCAUGUGAAGAAAGGUGCCAGGAGCCUCCGAGGAGGGAGGAGGGGCUGCACCUGCCCCACCGGCUGGGGCCGAGGACGGCACAGAGCCGGGGAAGGAGAGCGGGGAGUGACCGAGAAGACGGCCAUUUCUCAGUCGUGAUAGUAUUUUUUUAUACCUAUUGUUUUUUUAAAGAAUUACUAGUUAGAAAAUAUAUUGGUAGUUUUAGGUAAUAUACCAGAUAAUAUACCAGAUUAUAUAAGUAAAUAGCUUCUAUUUUUAAUCACAGACGAGAUUAAAGAUUCUUUUAUCUCCCAUUGAAUUUUGUUUUAAAUGAAGUAUUCUUCAUUUCUUGAUAAAGCAUUUUUUAAGUUGCUGUUGUGGUCAAAAAUUGACAAGGUUGUGGCUUAAGGGACUUUUAGAAAGACUGUCAUCUAGAUUUGGGUAGUUAUUGACUAGGGUACGGUUUAUGAAUUUAAGACAAUGCUUACUAUUUUAAGGGGAGAAGUAGGACUUUGCUAAGGUUAUACUGAAAAACAGGAAUCUUGGUAUGGAGUAUUUGGUUCUUUAGUUUAUUGCUAUGACUUACCCGGAAGAGCUACAAAAGCAUGGACCAGUUGUUUUUCCUCAAUACCAGGCAAUCCCAAAGCUUAGUAGCUUGAACAAAUACUUGAUUGUCAUUGCUUUGGGAAUCUCAGGUCAGCCAGAUGGCUCUCCUGAUGGGCCCGUCACCAGUGUGAGGCUGGGGCAGGGCCCUCCAGUGUGGCCUCGUGUUGGCGGUUCUCCUGCUGGCUGUGGGCUGCCUUGGAAGGGGCAGUGGAGAGAUUAGGCCUUGUCCAAAUUUAUCCUCAUAGCAGCUCUUUUGGAAAAAAGAGCAAGGAGAAGUGUACCAAAAAGCCUCUUGAGGAAAGGCCCUGAACUCACCCCAUGUUACCUCUACCUCCUUCUUUUUUUUUUUCCCCCUUUUUUCUUUAGGGCAAUACCUGUGGCAUAUGGAGGUUCCCACGCCAGGGGUCAAAUCAGAGCUACAGCUGCCGGCCUACACCACAGCCACAGCAAUGCAGGAUCCAAGCCACAUUCUCAACCUGCACCACAGCUCAUGGCAAUGCCGGAUCGGUUGUUAACCCACAGAGUGAGGCCGGGGAUUGGACCCACGUCCUCAUAGAUUCUAGUCGGGUUCAUUACCACUGAGCCACAACGAGAACUCCUCUACCGCGUUCUGUUGGCCAAAGGUCAGUGCAGACUCUAGAAAGGGGGGUGUGCUUUUUACCUCUUGACAGUCGGAGCUGCAAACCAUUUUUUAAUCUACCACAGACCAGCAAAUAGAAAAGAAUUAUAAAAUCAUGCCAUUCUAUUAAUAUCCUGUUUUUCAAUCUUUGAUCAAUUAUUGUUGAAGUUUGCUUUUUCUUGUUUUUAGAUUACAUCAUUUUCUGGUGCAAAGAAGGCUUAAGAAUUUAAAAUUUUGAACAGUAUUAGCUCUCUGGGAAUGAAGGUUAAUGUUCAUUUUUUAUGUGUAACAAUCCCCAAAGAAAAGUUUCUGCAGAAAAUUCCAACUGUAAUCUUUUUCUUUUUUCUCUUUUACUUUCCUGAGGACGUUGGUGGAGGAUGGCUGGAAGGAAGAAACAGCAAAGGAGAACGAGGGCUCGUUCCCACAGACUAUGUUGAGAUUCUGCCCAGUGAUGGAAAGGAUCCGUUUUCUUGUGGGAACUCGGUGGCCGACCAAGCCUUCCUCGACUCCCUCUCGGCAAGUACAGCGCAAGCCAACUCAGCAGCGGCCAGCGGCGCCAACCAGGUCAGCAGUGGCAAUGACCCCUGGUCAGCCUGGAAUCCCUCCAAGUCUGGAAACUGGGAUAACACGGAUGGCUGGGGAGCCAAGCCAGAGGGGGCUGCAGCUCAGAGAAACACUUCCAACAACUGGGACGCUGCCUUCGGUCAUCCCCAGGCCUACCAAGGCCCAGCCACUGGGGACGAUGACGACUGGGACGAAGACUGGGAUGAGCCCAAGUCGUCGUCUCCCUACUUCAAGGACGGAGAGUCGGCCGAAGCCGGAGGAGCCCAGCGGGGAAACAGCCGGGCGGGCUCCUCCUCCAUGAAGCUGCCGCUUAACAAGUUUCCUGGAUUUGCCAAACCUGGAAUGGAACAGUAUUUGUUGGCCAAGCAGCUAGCAAAACCCAAAGAGAAAAUUCCUAUCAUUGUUGGAGAUUAUGGCCCAAUGUGGGUUUAUCCUACUUCUACAUUUGACUGUGUGGUAGCAGAUCCCAGGAAAGGCUCCAAAAUGUAUGGACUGAAGAGCUACAUUGAGUAUCAGUUAACACCCACUAACACGAAUCGAUCUGUAAACCACAGGUAUAAGCACUUUGACUGGCUGUAUGAGCGCCUCCUGGUGAAGUUUGGGUUAGCCAUCCCGAUCCCUUCUCUCCCAGAUAAGCAAGUCACAGGUCGCUUUGAAGAAGAAUUUAUCAAAAUGCGCAUGGAGAGACUUCAGGCAUGGAUGUCCAGGAUGUGUCGCCAUCCAGUAAUCUCAGAAAGUGAGGUUUUCCAGCAGUUUCUAAAUUUCCGAGAUGAAAAGGAGUGGAAAACUGGGAAGAGGAAGGCUGAAAAAGAUGAGCUGGUGGGAGUGAUGGUAUUUUCCACCAUGGAACCAGAGGCGCCUGACCUGGACUUAGUGGAGAUAGAACAGAAGUGCGAGGCUGUUGGCAAGUUCACCAAGGCCAUGGAUGACGGCGUCAAGGAGCUGCUGACCGUGGGCCAGGAGCACUGGAAGCGCUGCACAGGACCAUUACCCAAGGAAUAUCAGAAGAUAGGCAAGGCCUUGCAGAGUUUAGCAACAGUCUUCAGUUCUAGUGGCUAUCAAGGUGAAACAGAUCUCAAUGAUGCAAUAACAGAAGCAGGAAAGACCUACGAAGAAAUUGCCAGCCUAGUGGCAGAACAGCCCAAGAAAGACCUCCACUUCCUGAUGGAAUGUAACCAUGAGUAUAAAGGGUUCCUCGGCUGCUUCCCUGACAUCAUCGGCACUCACAAGGGAGCAAUAGAAAAAGUGAAAGAAAGUGAUAAGCUGGUUGCAACUAGUAAGAUCACCCCACAGGACAAACAGAACAUGGUGAAACGCGUUGGCACAAUGUCUUAUGCAUUGCAAGCCGAGAUGAAUCACUUCCACAGUAACCGGAUCUAUGACUACAACAGUGUCAUCCGCCUGUACCUGGAGCAGCAGGUGCAGUUCUACGAGACGAUCGCGGAAAAGCUGAGGCAGGCCCUCGGCCGCUUCCCGGUGAUGUAGGCGCGGACAGCACGUCAAGACACGCUGCCGAAGUGCUUCUUCCUGACUUGGGGCAAUGCAAUGUAAUUUUUUUUUCCCUCAUCCAAAAAACAGAAAAGAAAACCAAAAAGAAACAGUUGAAAAAAUGGCAUUUACUUUGUAAACCAGCCUAAAUGCAUCAGUUAUUUAGGGAUAUUCUUCUUUUGUUCCUUCCACAUCCAUCGCCUAAGCCGGUGGAAGUUGUCUAUUUUUGGAAAGUACUUAAAGUCAGCAGAAUUUUGAAGGGAAAAUUAGGGAUUUCCCUCACUGAUAUUUUACAUAAAAUUUUAAUUUAUGAAUCACCCAUGAUCUUCUAGUCCUUACCCAAUGUCAGAUUACUAAUUGCUUUCUUAAAAAUAUGAAAUAUGCAGAAUAAAAAAUAUAUGUUUGUAUAUUUUUAUAACUCUUUCUAGCCCUUUGGGAUUCCUGUCUAUUUAGGAAAACCCACAUGCCUUUCACUGACAUAUUUAUGACUCAGGAGGGAGGAAGCAGAGGGGCUCUUGGGGCCCGGCCCGGCACCCCAAGUCCCAGUGGGUGGGCCGCCCAUGUCCCUUCAGAGGACCUGGCUGGGCAGGAGCCCAGGAUCAGCUCCCCGGCCCGCUGCCCGCCUCCCACCCCGCAGAGUUUCUGAAGGGCCUCAGCCUGCGCCCGGGCAGGGCGUGCUGGGCGCUGGAAGACUCCCCGCAGGGAGCCCCUGCUCCCAGGGCAGGAGCGGCCUGUGACCUGCGUGCUGGAAGCCUGCUCCUCGGGGCCACUGCCCCCCACUCGCUUUCGUCUCGGCGCUGGGGCCGAGUCGCGGUGAGGAGUGCGGGGAAAGCACCGUUGGCGAUUUGCGUGACUGUCGAGGAGCCGGCCUUUGCCCGAAGAGCAAGGCGCGGGUUGGAGGAGCCGCCCGUCCCCAGCAGGGGGCGCGUCGAGGGGCCGAUGCGGAGGCCGCCGGCCUGCCCUGCGCGCAGCCGCCCCCAGCCUGGCGUCGGAGAAGGAGCGCAGAGUCGGCGCCCGACUGUGUCCCACGCGGCAGACCCUCGUCCCCACCGCUAGGACGUCGCCGAGGGGCACAAAGCAAACCUCGCAGACACGCGCCUCCCGCGGACGCCCGUUCUCCACAGCGGCCUUACUGCAUCGUCCCGUUCCCCCCCCCCCCCCCGCUUUCACUUUUCUGACCGAUUGGUUAUAUUCUAGAAAAUGGCAAUUUUGGGCCAGCACAAAAAAAGUGACACCAAAAACUAAGUAGAAGUGGAAAGCAAAUGAGAACGUCUUGUUCCUCAGUAUCACGGGUUUUUGUUCCUGUUUUAUAAGUAAUUUUCCCCACUUGAUUUUUCUUUUAUAAAAACUCAUAGAGCAGUGUUUAUGAUACAGCCAUUUAAUAUAUGUACAAAUUGUAAAGAAUAUGUAUAAAUGUUUUACACAAAUGUAAGAGCAUGUAGAAGCCAACAUAUAUAAAUAAAUUGUUAAAAAAAAAACUGUA